AUGUCUCGUAAGGGAUAUGCUAAUCUUGCUGAUGAACUAGAUGAAUUAGUUGCAACACAUAAAAAUGAGGACAUCUUGACUGAUGCAUUGGGUUUCAAGGAGCACGGUGGACGUGUAAAAGGCGUGGGUGGUUUUGUCUCUCAAUCACAAUAUUUCAAUACAGUAAAAGGGAAGGAGAAAAUGAUAACUCCUGAAGUUGAAAUAUGUCAUAAAGAAGAGGAUGACUCGAGAAGCAAAAGUGACAAUAAGAGAAGUAAUCACUCGAGGUCAUCCAUUGAAAGUAUUAGCAUAGAUCUUGAUGCCGAUGAGAAUCUGGUCAACACACCUAGCAACAAAGGAGUUGAGGAGCAUUCAACCAGGAAGGAUGUCAUGUACUCUUCAAAUUAUAUUGACGUUAACAGGACUAUUAAGCUUUUAAAUAGACAUGUCGUGAACAACAUGAAGGAUGUAGACAUGAUUCGCAACUCAAUGAACGAGCUAAUAUUUGGAAGUGACAAAUUUGUUUAUUUAGCUCGUGAAGAUUUGUUGCAUUACUGCGGCAUGGUUGAAAUCAAUAUCUUUGGGAUGAAUGUGACUGUGCAAGGAAAUUUUUUGUCAUUGACCAAUCAAAAAUAUCGUCACAUAUCAAGGAUCGUGAUCUUUGAUCCAGAAAUUUAG